AUGGAGAUCGAGGACUGUGAUGUGAAAACGGAGAACACGACGAGUUUAACCAAAAGUGACAGCGUUCAUCAGACGGCAGAGUUUUCAGAUGAUCCUUUUCCAGCUCCAGACUGGGUUUCGUUUCCUCCGCCUGAUUUUUAUAAAGACGACACAGCGGCAGGCAAACGGAGUGAAGAAGUAGACAUUUUCAACCCUUUCAAAGAGAAGGUAGACACUGAUGUCAAUCAGAACGCAGAAUCCUGGCCUUCGUCCAAUCAGAACGCAGAAUCCUGGCCUGCGUCCAAUCAGAACGCAGAAUCCUGGCCUGCGUCCAAUCAGAACGCAGAAUCAUGGCCCUCGUCCCAUCAGAAGGAUCCUCUCCUGGAAUAUAUCCUCUCCAGAGGGAAGACCUUCCCGGCUCCAGCGUCUGAAACCCCCAGCGUUUGUCAAGAAGCCUCCUCUAAAGCGGACGGGUUCCUCAAGGCUCCUUCAGCGUCCUCCUCGCCGUUCGUUUCUGACACCAACGAUAUCUUCAAGAGAUCUGAAGUCUCUGACAUCCAGGCGUUGGAUCCUCUGUUUGCCCCUCAGACUGAAGUCCGUUCCUCUCAGAAGAGCGAGGAGGAUCUGCUGUUGUCCCGUCAGGAUGAGGCUCAUGAUGUUUCGACAGACAGAGUCCUUCAGGAGACGCCAGCUUUAGCAUCAUCUUCCACAAACCUCUCAAAUGGAGAUCUGAUGUUCAGGAGGCGUCUGUCCAGAGCUGCUCCCCGCAGUAAAGCCCCGAGGCGCCUGCAUCCGCCCCCUGCUCUCUCUCAGAUCACGCCGGCUGCUGUGGAGAGAGAUCCGCUGGUGUACGAAGACGUUCUGCUCAUCGGUCAGGAGAACUGUGUGGAGGACUGGCCUGAACACAGUCCUGAGCUCUCUCCAGACUGGAAACCAGCCGGCAGGCUCACGCUUCGGAGAGACUCUGUCCGGAUUCCAGCCGCGUCUGCUGGAGGCGGAGAGGAGGAUCUGAAGAAGAGCGGGAGGCAGAGUCUGGGGAGGAGACUGAGACACUCGCUGCUCAUCAGGAGGAGCUCCAAGGAUAUAAGUGGAGAUGAAAUGAAGAGCUCCGAGACGAACACAAACUCACUGAAUCGACACUCAAAGCUCAUUAACAGCACGGAUGAAGAAGAAGAGCAGAAUGAAGCUGCUGAGUAUAAACCGAAGAAACCAUCAAAACCCAAGAUUAUUAUACACCGCAGAGGCUCUAAGGUGAAAUCUGCUGAAGCUCCACACUAUAAGGAUGAUUUACCCUCCUCAUGGAAGCAUGCUGAUCUCAACGCUUUGAGAGAGAAAAAAUCAGAAGUUGUGGACUGCAAACCGAAGCAGUCACAUAAAUUCAUGCCUACUGUGCCUCACCGAUCAUCGAAGAGCCCAGAGAUGGACACACAUCUGGAUGAUGAAGAAUCAAACACAGAGGAGACGGAUGGACAGCAGAAAUUGAAAAAGAAAGUGCAAGUUAAGUUUGUUCCACGCAGAGGGUUUGUCAUCGCUCGGUCCAGGGUGAGUGCUGACACCUCUCUGUUUCUUCAGUUUGAGCACUUCUCUGGUGUGAACACACUCUUCUGUGUCUGCUCACAGCAUGACAAGACUAAUAACCAAACCCAGGAGGAAACACCACAUCUGGAGGACGGAGCUGACGCUGAGCUGAAGGGGGCUUGUGGCUUCACUCCUCAUCCUCCGACGAAGGACGGCGAGCGGUUCGAUGACCUGAAGGGAGCGUUCGGUCACGAGUUGAAGACAGACACGCUCCUGAAGUCUGAAGCUGGACGCAGUUACUCACCCAACCGUGUUCAGAGUCCACAUUCUAAUGGCUUUACGAGUCCAGCGUGGGAUUCAAAGGCAGAUCUCACACAGUCAGACGCCAGCAAGAAACAUCAGAAGAAACCACCAAUGUUUACAUUCCCUCACCUGCAUCGCAGACAGUCAAAGAGUUUUGAAGAAGCUGAGAUCAAGCAGAGCAGAGAUUCACAGAUGAAGAAGCCUCCUCUUCGGUCGCAUCGAGACUCAAAGAGCUCUGAAGAUGGCGAGCUCCCUCAGAAGGGUGCAGAUCUGUUCAAAGCAGGAGACGUGGAGCUGGCGGAGGAAUAUACGCCGGUAACUUCAUCAUUUCAUCAGACUAAAGACAUAAAGGAGUUUUCUGAAGACUUCCUGGAGCCUCCAGGAGCCGUGUCUGGAGAUUUUCACUUGUCUGAUGCUGCUAAGGCCGAGUGGCUGUCGGCUCAGAUGGACAUGAGACGACUGAAAGCUCAAGAGGAAGAACAGAAGCGCGAGGAAAAGGAUGAUGAAGGGGACACUGACAGUCUGAUGGAGUGGUGGAACACAGUGGAGUCUUGGGAUGAAAUACCUCCUGAUGAGGCCAUCAGCACUAAAGAAGAAGAGACCAUGUAA